CCUGUGGCAUGCAACGUUCACAGAGAAAGGCGCGUGUAUGUGUGUGUACGUGCGCGCGCGUGUGUUGUGUGUGUGUGUCCGUGUCGGAUAGUUCUUCGGCCGACGUGGAGGGAGCGCAUCCUGCCGGUGGAGGGGCCAGCGUCACGGUGGUGGAGGUCGCGCGGCGUCGAGAGUGGGGGUGGCAGUCGCCGCACGCUGCCAGUUACGCAGGGUGCUCCGUGCAUCGUCGAUAGAAGCGCGGUUCAGUCGCGGAGUCAGUUGCAUUCCGACCGCCGCGGUGGGAUGUCGUCGUCGUCGUCGUCGUCGUCGUCGUCAUCGUGUCCGGGCCGCAAACGACGUUACCACCCGUACUCGUGAGUCGUCGUUAUUAUCUUCUCUCUCUCGGCGGUACAACAAGUUCCGGAUAUACAUCCGUCGCGAGAACGUGCGCGCAUCCGUCCGUCCGUCCGUCUGUCUGUCUGUCCAUCUGUCCCGCUUUUGUACGCUGGUUAUCGUUCCUCCUUGUGCGGGAUCGCCUCAUUGGGCAUGAACGAUCGGCGCACGGACGAUCCGCGGGAACGGACGACGACGGGGUCGAGGGUCGUGGUGAUCGUCGCAUCAGUGCCGGUGUUGUCGGUGUGAGAGAAUCGCAUCCGGCGGGAGAGAGUCAUCGCGCGCGGUUUAUCUCUCUCUCUCUCUCUCUCUCUCUCUCUCUCUGGCUCUUUCUGUACGUGGAAUGGAACGGAGUGUACACAACAGUUGAACAACGGAAUAGUGCCGUGGCUAUGAGUGCGUGACGGUUCCUCGAGCGUUCUCGAGCAGCCGCGCUGCGAGUAUCUUCCGGCCAGGAACGCGUCCCGCGGGAGAAUGAUAAUGUCGUUCGGAAUAAUGGAAGCGUAUCGUCGUCGUGUUGAUGGUGGCGUGUUAUCAUCGUCAUCGUCGUGGUCGCGUUGGUCGACCUUCGUCGCACUGUGCUCGUUAUUGUUGUCGUUGGAUCGUUGUGCCUCGGUAGACGGGCGCAGCAUCACGAGCCUCGAGGCGCCCAACGGUUGCGAAUGGCGAAAGGACGGCGAGGACGCUGAGCAAGCGUUGGUCUGCAAAGUGAGGACGAUCGCGAGUGUGCCCGGUCUCAUCGGUAAUCUCUCGGCGAUACAAGCGGACACGGUGACGUCGUUGGAACUGGAGUGCAGCGAUGUGUUGUUCUUCGAGAGCCAGCUCUCCAACGGGCCGCACGGCUUCCUCGCGCCGUUGCCGCGGCUGGCCAAGUUGCGCGUCGAUUACUGCAAGAUCCCAAGCCUGCCCGGCGGCGCGUUCACCGCCGUGCACAAUCUGCGGAGUCUGGCCCUGCAGACGCACAACGGCGACUGGUCGGCUAUGACGCUCGAGCUGGACCGAGACGCGCUGCGCGGACUCACGGGUUUGCAGCACCUCGACCUCGCCGACAACAAUCUCCUGACGCUGCCGUCGGAGCUGUUCUGCCCGGUGCAGGGUCUCACGAGUUUGAACUUGACGCGCAACAAGUUACAAGACACCGACUGGGCCGAGUUCUGCACGGCCAGCCUGGAGAUGCUGGACAUGAGUAACAACGACCUCAGUGCCUUGCACGACCGCUCGUUUCGCGGUUUGCGCGCGCUCAGCGUGCUGAAGAUACAGGAGAACGCGAUCGCUUCCGCCAGCGACCAAUCGCUGGCCGGUCUCACUUCCCUGCAAGUGCUCAACAUGUCCAGCAACCGAUUAGUCGCACUGCCACCCGAGCUCUUCUCCAAGACGAAGGAGCUGCAGGAACUGAUACUCAGCAACAAUUCUCUCUCGGUACUGGCGCCCGGGCUGCUGGACAGCCUCGAGGAGCUUCAGGCGUUAGAUCUCAGCAGUAACGAACUGACGAGCCAUUGGGUGAACCGCGACACAUUCUCGCGGCUGGUUCGCCUCCUCAUACUCGACCUAUCGUUCAACUCGCUCACCAAGAUCGACGCGCACGUCUUCAAGGGUCUGUACGGUCUGCAGAUACUCAAGCUCGAGCACAACGAUAUCGACACGCUCGCCGACGGCUGCUUUGCCUCGCUCGCGAAUCUCCACUCCCUCACUCUGUCGAACAACAAGAUCACCAAGUUCGACGCGUCGCACACACUCGGCCUCGGUGCGCUCGGACAGCUCUUCUUGGACAGCAACAAGCUGCACGUAAUGCCGAAGCAUGUGUUCGCCAAUCUCACCGACCUGCAGGAUCUCUCGCUCAGUGGGAACUUCCUGUCGGAGAUUCCAGCCGCGGUACGCGUGCUGCGCUCGCUCAAGACCCUCGAUCUGGGCAACAAUCAUGUGUCGAAGGUCGACAACGAGUCGUUCGCCGGCCUCAACGAGCUCUACGGUCUGCGCUUGGUGGACAAUAAGCUGGAGAAUGUGUCGCGCGAGGCGUUCGCGUCCUUGCCGGCCUUGCAAGUACUGAAUCUGGCGAACAAUCUUAUCCGUCAUGUGGAGCAGAGCGCGUUCGCGAGCAACCCGCUGCUACGGGCCAUCCGGUUGGACGGGAACCAAUUGACGGAAAUCCGCGGCUCCUUCACUAGCCUCACGACCCUCGUCUGGCUGAACGUGUCGGACAACAAGCUGCUGUGGUUCGACUACAGCCAUUUACCGGCCAGCAUCGAGUGGCUCGACAUACACGCCAAUCAGAUCAAUCAGCUCGACGAUUAUUACUUCGUGCACGGUAAUCUGCGGAUCAAGAUGCUGGACGCCAGCUACAACCGCAUCACCGAGAUCACGGACGCCAGUUUGCCGGACAGCGUGGAGACACUCUUCCUCAACAACAACAAGAUACGCACCGUCGCGGCCGGCACGUUCCAACAGAAGACGAAUCUGGAGAAGGUGGUGCUCUACGGCAACGAGAUCCGAAAUCUCGAGUUGGCCGCGCUCGGUCUGCCAACCGUGCCGAGCGAUCGGGACAUACCUGCCUUCUACAUCGGCGACAACCCUAUUCUCUGCGACUGCACUAUGGAGUGGCUGACGAAGAUCAACGAGAUGACUCGCCAGCGACAAUACCCGCGCGUCAUGGAUCUGGACGCCGUAAUGUGCGACAUGGUGCACGUCCGCGCCACGCCGCGACGCAAACUGCUGUCGUUGAAGCCGAAGGACUUUCUCUGCCAAUACGACGCGCACUGCUUCGCCCUCUGUCACUGUUGCGACUUCGACGCGUGCGAUUGCGAAAUGACCUGCCCCGACAAUUGCUCGUGUUAUCACGACCACUCCUGGUCCAGCAACGUCGUCGACUGCUCCAACGCGGGAUACAAGCGCGUGCCUGAACGGAUACCCAUGGACGCCACGGAGAUCUAUCUGGACGGCAAUGAGCUUGGCGAUCUGGGUAGUCACGUGUUCAUCGGGAAGCGUCGCCUGGAAGUGCUCUACCUGAACAACAGCGGCAUCGCCGCGAUACACAAUCGCACGUUCAACGGCGUCGGCGCGCUGCGCGUCCUCCAUCUCGAAGACAACGCGCUGCGCGAGCUCCGCGGCUUCGAGUUCGAUCAGCUGGAGCUCAUGUCCGAGCUGUAUCUCGAUCACAACGCCAUCGCCACCGUUGGCAACACGACCUUCAAGAAGAUGCGGAACCUCGAGGUGCUACGACUGGACAGCAAUCGUAUCGUCGACUUCCGCCCGUGGGAGGCCCUGCCGAGCGUCGGCGACGGCACCAAGGUCGCUCUCGAGGGUAACGCCUGGAGCUGCGAGUGCGGCAACGCGGCCAGACUGCGUGCCUGGCUCGCCGAGCAUCGCGGCGACCCGGACAAGAUGUACUGCCGCGACGGCGUCGAGACGCUCGCCCAGGCGAUGGAACGAUGCGGCGACCCGUCCACGGAAGCGGUCAGUCGCGGGAUUCAGGAGAUCCCGCUGCUAGGAGGCAACUUUGUGCCGCUUCUCGCCGGCGCGCUGGUAGCCGUGAUCGCCAUUUGCUUGUUCGUCGCCCUGGCGUUCGCCUUCCGCCAAGACGUACGCCUCUGGGCCCACGCGCGUUACGGCCUGCGACUCGGCAAAAUGGCCGCGCCGCCCGACGAGGAGAGGGACAGACUGUACGACGGCUACAUCGUUUACAGUGAACGCGACGAGGACUUUGUCUCGAGGUUCCUCGCGGCGGAGCUGGAGCAAGCCGGUCUGGCUCUCUGUCUGCAUUGGCGGGAUCUACCGCCGGCCAGGCCGCAGGAGGCGCUGCCACCAGCCGCGGCGGCCGCCAGGCGCAUCGUCAUCAUCUUCUCGCCGGUAUUCUUGGCGAACGAGUGGCAGCACGCGGAGUUCCGCGCCGCUCUGAGGACCGCGCUGGAGAACAUCAGGCCGGCCUCGCGGAAGCGCCGCGUCGUGGUGCUCCUGGCGACCGAGGCGCCCGCGCGCGACCCGGAGAUGCAGCUGUUGCUGCAGACGUGCACGGUGGUGGUCUGGGGCGAGAAGAGGUUCUGGGAGAAGCUGCGGUUCGCCAUGCCGGACUCGGUGGACAAACGACGCGACAGCAGCAACAAUGCCGCCGUCGUCGUCGUCGUCGAUGAUCCUCGACGACGCGAGCAAGUCGGAGACGAUCGCGCGAAUUUUCCUCGUCAUCGACGGCGGCGGCGAGCGCGACGAGAAACUCGCUUUUCGAGGUAUCGCCGUUCGACUCGCGCGCGACUCCUUUUAAUUGCGAGUCGCUCGCCGCUUCGAUUUGCAUUAAUUGGCACAACUGUCGGCGCGCUCAUCAAUAUGAUUAUUUGCGGUUUGAAUAUACAAUAUAACGAACGGUGAAUAACGAUGAUAAUGGCUAAAUGUGCACCGCCGGCAACCGAUGCCCGAUGCGCGCAACGCGAUCCUUUUAUGAAUGCUAAUUAGACGACUCGUCGCCCAAUUUCCGUUUCGGAAUAUAUCGCUCGCCGAACACAACGCGACGAAAAUUGUGCAGCGACGCCGUUACGCGAAGAAAGUCUUCUUUAUGCACGGAGGAAAGUAUCUCAGUUCGCGCGCGGCUGAACGGGGACCAGACGAAAACUCGGCGACGCGAAGUGAUAUCUCUGUUGACGCGGCCGAGGACACUUGUCUGUAUUACGUUCGGCUGUAUUAAGACUCGGCUGUAACAACUGAGAACGACUGACUGAGCGGGAACCCUCGUUAAGGGGAAUUUUUCUUGUUCCCACAACCGAGCUUUUCAUCUGGUCCCUGUUCUCGCCAGGCAGCGGAAAAUUCGGUUACACCGACGACAUUGUUUCUUUCCGUGUGGCUAAUUUAUUUCUAGAUACGCUCUUAGGCCGAUGCGUUUAUCUUGUAUUUAAUCUGUGCUGUAUAUUUAACGACUUAAUUGCGAAAAUGUAUUCGUAUAUAUACAUAUAUAUGUAUACAUAUACAUAUGUAGACAUGUAUCUCUCCGGAUGCCUCGUGCGACCGCACGAGAGAAGCAACGUGAUAUUUACACGCGCCUACGUGCGCGUAUUAACAUCGAGUCGCUUCCCCGCUCGUCCAGUUAAUUUCGGAACGAGCCGCGGAACGUUAAGGCUCCUGGUCCCAUUUCCGCGGAACUGUUGAUCGACCACGUCAAGAGCGAGGAGGUGCACACCCGAAGUUCCCGCAAAGUACGUCAAAUCAAAAGAUGUGUCCCAAAGAGUGACACUCGCGAUCGAUCGGGCAUAUCUCCAAAGUACACUAAAGUACACUUUCCUUGUACAUUGAACAUCCUUACAUGAUGUACAUGAACAAUCAAUAAAUGAACGUAAAAUUAACGUCACGAAAUAAUGAGGAAAUGAAGAUUAUGAAGGGAAAGGUUGCAUUGUCAUGUAAAUUUUACAAUUAUUUAUUAUAAUUGUCAGAGUGAAAGGAUUGUGCUCGCAGAGCAUUUUAGGAACGUGCUCGAUUGCGAGUGUCAUUUUUGGGUUAUGUCGUUUUACCUCGACGCAUCUUGCGGAAAUUUCAGCCGUGCAUUUCCUCGCUUCCGACGUCGUCAAUCAAGAUGGCCGCGGCCAGAAGCCAGAAGAGGGAGUCUUAAGAAAGAAAAGUCUAAAGUGAAACGAAAUAAAUUAUUUUCAUAGCGGAUCGAAAACGCGAUCGUGAUUAUUUUGCGCCGGAACCAGCCGAGAAACGAGUAUCGGUACCGAGUGUACUUACGAUUUUUCCUUUUCGUGUGCUAAAUCUCGCGAUAAAGUUCCUCUUUCUCUCGCGCGCGCAUCGACACACACUUUUGGGACCCGAAGCGCAUCAACGACUUCUUCCUCCCCCCCCCGCCCACUCCUCCUCUCCUCUCUCCCCUUUCGUCAUUCCUGUCGUUUGCUCGUCGAUAAUUCGACGGAACGAAGAAUUUAACGAACAAGUGUCGUUCUACAUAGUGUGCUGAAAAAUGACAUGAAAGAAAAGACAGACGUCUCGUGAGAGCUUGUUCCUAGAAAGAAGAAAAAAAAAAGAAAAAAAAAGAGAUUCACGACUGUCUCGAUGAAGUCACGGUCGCAUAACGCUUAUUAGUACGUAAGUGAAACUCUCCUGUAAAUAUUGUAUCUAAUUUUUGUAAAUAUUCGUGCGCACAUUUCCCCGGACAAGAGAGGCCAGCAACCAGCCAGGUGGCCAACACACGCGCGGCGCAGCUAUCACCACCGGCGCCGGUCGCGCGGCGGAUACGUCUUAAUUGUAAUCGCGUUUAGGAACGUAACGACUCCAACUUUAUUGUAUUAUUACUGUAAAUACGCUCGUCGCGAAUCACGCAAAUGUAUUCACAGUCUGUUAAAUACGUAUUAAAUUAAUUGCCACUUUCCAUUUCAGCAAGGAAUCAUGAAAAUAAACACGUUUGUUUUAUAAAAAAAAAAAAAAAAGAAGAAAGAAUUCAAAUGAAGAGCGAGUGUUUCGUCAAUCCCGCAAUCUCUCGUACCCGUUCCAAAUCUCUUUCAUUGAAAUCUACGUGUUAUUAGACGUCGACAUGUCGCUCGACAUGUAUCGAUAGCGCGAUGGCGAGCGCUCGCCGGAUGUCACGAUUAAUUUUAACAGAGGGAGAGGGGGAGAGAGAAAGAUUAUCUUUCGUAUUUUUAAUACCACCAGAGCGAGAGAUAGGGAGGGAGGGAGAGAGACGAGAAGAUUCUCGAGUGUCAGUGGCGAGGACGUAUAAUAACGUAUUUGGCAUUUGUAUGAUUAAAUGCUGCUCAAUAUCUCCGUUAAUGGCUCCUCUCGCAGGAUCGAUGUCGCCGCACAUCGACACAGUCGAAUUUACGUGGUGUAUACGGACGUGCACACACCAAGUAGACUCAAUUGCAACACGUUGAUCAUAUCAAGCGACACACGGCAUACCCGCCGUGUAUUCUCGGAGAGUUCUACAUUUGCCCGAAGGAUUUACAUUUCUGAGCCGCUUUCAUCGGCGCGAUUAAUAUGACACCGGCCGGCGGACUUUGUUCCCCGCGUUAUUUCCUGCGGAGAGAAAAACGAGGUGCCCUCGUGGCAAUGUUCCUCGCGAUGGAAACCUCGCUGAAACCACCAGCGUUUCCCGAUUAUUUCGCGGAUUUUCAGUCGCGAGUCGGUAAUUCCCGAACAGUACAAUUCGAGAGAAUCACGCGAGUAGAAGAAAUGAAAGGUCAAUGAAAGUACAAUGUAAUUUAAA